GCUCACAGCUGGGUGGAACUACGGGCAAAAAAAGUUGCUUCAAUCACAUUUUCUUUUGAGAUGGGAGAAUAAAGCCUCAAACACACGGAAACACUCGGACUGUAGACUUAUUCUGCUGCUUUGACCAUGGAUUUUAACGUGAAGCGGUUAGCAGCAGACGCCGGUACUUUUUUGAGCCGCGCGGUACAAUUCACAGAGGAAAAACUUGGCCAAGCUGAGAAAACAGAGUUGGAUGCUCAUUUGGAAAACCUUUUAAUGCGAGCAGAAAACACCAAACAAUGGACAGAAAGGAUCAUGAAGCAAACAGAAGUGCUACUACAGCCCAAUCCCAAUGUCCGACUAGAAGAGUUUGUGUACGAGAAACUGGAGAAAAAGGCCCCGACGAGGAUGAACAACCACGAGCUCCUGGGACAGUCCAUGAUGGAAGCAGGAAAUGAGUUUGGCCCCGGGACGGCGUACGGAAAUGCUCUGAUCAAAUGUGGAGAGACGGAAAAACAAAUCGGAGGAGCCGAGCGGGAGCUGAUCCAAACUUCUGCCAUCAACUUCCUCACUCCUUUCCGGAACUUUCUGGAAGGCGACUUCAAAACUAUCCUGAAAGAGAGGAAGCUGCUCCAGGUGAAGCGCUUGGAUUUGGACGCGGCUAAAACGAGGCUAAAGAAGGCGCGGAUGACGGACGCUCGAGCCGCGGCUGAGCAGGAGCUGAGGAUGACACAGAGUGAGUUUGAUCGACAGGCGGAGAUCACCAGACUCCUGCUGGAAGGAGUCAGCAGCACUCAUGCUCAUCACCUUCGCUGUUUGAACGACUUUGUGGAGGCUCAGACCACGUACUACGCCCAGUGUUACCAGUACAUGGUCGACCUGCAGAAACAGCUCGGCAGUUUCCCCUCGUCUUUCUCCAACAACAACCAGUCUUCUGUGUCGGCCGGGGCCAGUAGUAUUUCUGUGCCGACGAUCCCGGUGUCCGCCUCUCUGCCGAACCCGAGUCGUGGAAACUCUGCCCCCUCUGGAGGCUUCCACGAACUGCGCGGCUCCAGCGGCAGCCGUAAAGCCCGAGUCCUGUACGACUACGAUGCGGCCAGCAGCAGCGAGCUCUCUCUGCUCGCCGACGAGGUGAUCGCGGUGAGCAGCGUCCCGGGCAUGGACUCUGAUUGGCUGAUGGGAGAGCGGGGCAGUCAGAAAGGAAAAGUCCCCAUCACGUACCUGGAGCUGCUCAACUAAACUCCCUCUAAAACCAUCUGUGUCUGUAUCUCAUAUUUAUAAUGCUGUGCUGCACCUUCUCCAGACAUUUCCUCCAACUCCUCAAGGGGGUGCUAUUUUAACUCUUACUCUGGACUGAAUUCAACCAUAGGACGGGCAGAUGAACACCGCCCUCUAGUGUUUGUGAAUGAAUUGAGACGUGCCUUUUGUAUUUGAUGCCAUACAAUCGUUGUGUGAUCUUCCCAAACUCUUAUUUUAAACCUGCCUUUGUUUACAGUGCAUCUCAGACGGCCUGGGCUUUUAUCAAUAGUUUUUCUUCACUGCGUCUUGAAUAUUUCUGCAGUGAGAAUAUUUUAAAGCGCUUCGUUUAAGUCUUAUGUGUGUUCUUCUUGGUGCUGUAGUAGCAGUUUGACUUUAUUUCCCUGAUCAUGUACAGGGCCUUUGCUUUUCCACUAAACAGUAUUUGAAAACGGCUUAGGACGAGAAAUCUGAACACUUUGUAAAACCACAGACUGUAGAAAGAAAUGGACAUUGCUAUUGCGCUAGCUGCCGUGUUUCAAACAGGAAGUGAUCAUGGACGCACUUCCGUCUCCAUCGACUCUGGCUCCAGUUCACUUGGUCAUUUUGGUCUUAAAUGUUCGUAUUAACCCUCUACAUGAUCCUGGGGUUUUUAUUUCACUAUUGUGUCUGUAAAUCAAGAUAUGAACAUUAAUAACAGACAGGGGGCGUUACCUUCAACAGCCUCGCUCCUGAUUGGCUCUUUAGUCGCUAUGAUCCUCGUGCUCGAGCCUCGAUGAGCUUCAUUUGGAGCUGAAGCUGUGGGUGACGUCUCACUCACUCAGUCACUUCUUUAUACAGUCUGUGGUAAUAACUGUACCUUAAUUAGUUUUAAAUAGUUUUUUUAAAGAACCAUUCAGGCUUAUUCAGGACGUUAAAGCCCAAAGCCUUUAAUUAAGUAGUUUCCUGAAGCCUGAAUCUUUGUUGAUAAAGAUUAGACCUGGGGUGCUCAAACUCUUCACCGAGGGCCAUAUAUUUAAAAAUAUUCGACACAGAGGCCACAGACCAGGGUCAACACAGCGGAUAAUUCAGACGGUGCAUUUAACAGUUUUGACAUUAUACCUUAAAUAAGGCUUGAAAUAUUAAUAUUAUGUCUGAAAAUGCAGUGUGAUGUUAUUUAGUUUGGAUUGGUAAGACUCAAAUUUGCCGUAAAAAAUACUGAUUAUGAUCAACUGGACCAAUAAAAAUCGGUCUGAGGGCCGCAUUUGGCCCCUGGGCCACAGUUUGGACACCCCUGGAUUAGACUGAACUGAUAAUGAAGAACUGAAGGCAUCGUAUUAUACAGAAGUGUGACCAUGAAGUGCCUCCUGCCUAAACCAGAGCUUCAAAAUUACGGAAGCAUCGAUUCAGCGUUUUCAGAUCCGAUACCAAUUUCGAUACUUAGCUUUAAGCAUCUGCCGAUUCUCGAUAACAACCGAUACCAGAGCAGAGACUGAAACACAUUUAUUUCCUCAAAACGAGAUUAAUGUAACACAAAACUGAUCCACAUGCAGCUGUUUUAUUUAAGUUACGACGACAGCUCAGUGUAAAUAAAAAUUCAAACAUUCUGAGACUUUCUGGGCCGAUAUCAGAUCAGAUCGAUCCAAACUCGAUUCACUUUAAUGUAACUGUAACAUCUUAAAUUAUUCACCACUGGAACCAUUUAUUGACAUUAAAUAGAUAAAUCCGAGGGCCUGUAAUUCGGACAGUUUCAUGUGUUUUGUUUUGUUUUACUAAUCCCGACGUUUCAAAGAUCCAAAGUUUUCAUGGGUCCAUCUUUUAUUCCACAGACUUUAAAAUGUAAACAUGAAAAUAUAUAUUAUACUAAAAUAAAAAGUGUCCGUUUGCUUUCC